AUGGUAGCGACGGACUCCGGUCGCAGCACCAAGUCUCGAGGGUGCUUUCAGUGCUCGAAGCGCCGAAUCAUAUGCGAUCUGGGGGAGCCCGUCUGCUUGAAAUGUCAGAAGAAAGGCAUCGAUUGCUCGGGUUUGGGUCGGUUUCGCUUCACUGCCUGCGUCGCCACCCGCGGCAAAUUGAAGGGAUGUACCAUCCCGGUCGUUGAUGCCAACCCAGACACCGCAUACAAGCUACUAUCGGAUGUUCCGAGUUCUAUACGAUGGCGUCAUGACCGGAAUAAAGUGGCCAAGAAGCAGAAGCCCGGAGACGGUGGGAGGGUGGGGAUCGGCACUGGUAAGGUUGGGCGUCUUGAACCGAAUGCGCCAGCGUUGUCAGAUGCGCGUGUGCUCGCAAACUCCGGUCAGAGGACGCUAGACAUGGACACGCAUGGCGCUGUAGAUGGCUUUAUCGUAGAGACGGAUCUCGAAAAUGCGAAAGCCCUGUCGACAACUGUCACAAACGGCGAUACUGGCCUCAUUCUAGCACAACAGGGAUAUAGACAUACCACACAGGAUCAUGGGCAGCAGUUUCUCCACGGAAAAUUCUCGCUUCGUCGGUGGAUAGCCCCUAUUGAUCACAAGACGCGCCAAUCCUUCGAUUACUUCGCAAAAUAUGUUGCGCCGGUCAUGGUCGUCCUUGAUAUAUCGAAUGGGUAUCGGGAUCUCAUCCUUCCAAUGGCAUUUGAAGACGAGCUUUUACAGCAGGCUGUCUCUGUGGUGGCUGCGCAGCACCUCCGUCCUCGACAACCCUCUAGUCAAGCGACAACGGAGUCGAACCGGUCAGCAAUUAUAUCACGCUUACGAAGUGCUUCCCAACUCGGUUCGCCCGAUCUUGUGUUCAAUCAAUCGACCUGGGCAACGCUGAUCGUGCUCCUUGUUGGCGAAACCGUCACUGGAAGCUCCGAAUACAGUCAUCUGCUGCAGACCCUUCUCACCCUGGCGAGCAACAUGAGGGCUGUCGAAAAUUCUGAGUUGAAUGAGUUCCUGACCAAACAAACGGACAUGUUUGCUUUUCUAGGCCAACCGUUAUUGAAUGAAGAUUUGGGUGCUGAACAGCUGAGGAAUCCCAUCGACCCGGGGGUGUGGAUGGCGUCGGGUGUCCACACAGACUUUCACCAUGACAGAACUCUGUCUCUUGUCAAGCAGGGAUUUGCAAUGGGCGCUCAGAUCUACCUUCAACGCGCAACCACCAACCAGAGCUCCUGGGAUGCUUUGGAAGGAUUGCGCCAGCUCUUGUGCCAGGUGAACCCCACGGAACCAGGUGCCCAUGGCUUUGUAUGGUCAUGCUUUAUUGCCGCAGCAGACAGUGUAGACCCCGCUCAUCGGUCAUUCUUCACCAAUUAUCUGAAAGGUAUUCACUCGAGGACGCUGUUCGACAACAUCCCCAAAGCCCUUGCCGUCUUGCCUGCCAUUUGGGAGCAACAGUGUUCGAGGAAGUGGACCGAGGACUUGCCCAGCCUUUCGCCCAUUCUAAUUAUGUGA